ACACCUAUUAAGUGUUGGUUGAACUAUACCGGCAGGUGGCGCUAUCUAUUUUCUUUUGCAAGGAUUAAAUACGUCAACUCAUUUUUUCAGAAUGUUUGAAAUUAAUUAUAUUGUUGUUGCAUUUCUUAUUAAAUGAGUAAAUUCAUUUCUGAACAGAUGUUUUUUAGUCAUGUCGCGGUUUGAAGUUCUCCAACGGCAUUUGUCAGAUAACUUUUCAAAAAACACAUUUGCGAGAUGAAUCCAAAUAUUUAUAAUUGCGUAGACCUUUCGGGCUCUUGGAAUUUGUACGCGAAGAAAGAGUACAAUGAGAAAGUUAAAACAAGUUUAUACGAGAUCAACUUGGAGUCUAAACCAUUUGAUAACGAUGUCCGCAAUCCGAAAUUGGAUUGGUUUUUGCCGCAUUAUAAUAGAUUGGGUUACGACGAGCACUUUCCUUGGAUUACCACAACCCAAGACAUGCUAUCGCAACGUCUGACUGCUCAAGAAACCCCUAAUCCGAAUAAAAAAUUCUUGGGUUACUACACCUACCAUGAUGAAAUUGAAUAUUUGAAAAAAAAGAAAAAUCCAUGUCCAUCGCAAUUUGCAGUCAAUGAUUACAUAACAACUAUGCAGAAUAGUUACAAGCCUCAACAAGGGUAUAUAACUGAAAGGUUGGCAAUGACUGAAACUCCCUUCUUCAUGAACCGAAGAUUCAGGAUAGAAAAUCGCAGAGAAAGUAGGAAUAAAUUCUGGGACGAUGAUCACUUGCAAGAAAUCAAAUUGCUGAAAGAAUUCAAGCCAAAUAGACAGCUUUCUUAUAAUUUUAUGACUGGUUGUAUGAGCGACGGAAGUCCCAUAUCAAGAAAUUUGUACACGAAAAUAUAAUUGCAUUUUCGAGCACUAAAGAUCUCAAAUAUUUAAUCGAACUGUUGUUCAAUACCUGUGAACUACUUGAAAUAAAAAAAAGUAUAGA